CAUUAUCGAACAUGGCUCCUGUCCCCAACACCAUCAUCUAAAAAAUGGCUUUUUUACUCUCAACGUCGAGUCCAUAUAUACGGCCUUGAGCUAGCGCGGUGGUGGUAGACUGGUAGUGGCAGUAGUGCAAAUCCACAGCUCAGCAUUUUGCCUCCCAUGGCGUCCUCCACCGCCAUUGCCCUUGCUCUCCUCGGCAUUGUGCUUCUUCUUCCCGGCAAUGCCUUCGUCGUGGUCGCCUACCCACGCGGCGGCGGCGGCGGGGACUACAGGAUGCAGUUCUUGGGGCAGCAGAACGCGGCGAGGGCGGCGAUGGGGUUGCCGGCGCUGGUGUGGGACGAGCGGGUGGCCGGGUACGCGCGGUGGUACGCGGAGUCGCGGCGCGGCGACUGCGCGCUGGUGCACUCGUCGGGGCCGUACGGGGAGAACCUGUUCUGGGGGAGCGGCACGGGUUGGUCGCCGGCGCAGGCCGUGGGCGCGUGGCUCGCCGAGCAGCCGCGGUACAACUACUGGAGCAACAGCUGCUACGGCGGCAUGUGCGGGCACUACACCCAGAUCAUGUGGCGCGCCACGCGCCGCGUCGGCUGCGCCAUGGUCGCCUGCUACAACGGCAGGGGCACCUUCAUCACCUGCAACUACGACCCGCCCGGCAACUACGUCGGCAUGCGCCCCUACUGACUACCCGCCCACCCACCCUCCGCCGCCGCUGCCGUCGCCGGUGAUGGUGACGGUGACCGAUUCUUUCCUUGGUCCGCUCUGCCGGCCGGCCGGGAGCACCGCGGCACACGGCAGGGCGACGCAGCGCAGCAACCAACCAAUCUUGCUGUCUCAUUCAUUGCCAUAUGAUGAUGAUGAUGAUGUUACAAGAGUACUACAACUGUACAAAAUAAUUCUUUCUUUCUACUGCACGCUGCAACAUCUUUUUUUUUUUGCUUUUUUACCUUUUUUCCUACCAAAAUAUAUAUUAUGAUGUUAUUGGUAGGAUCGGGGAAACUACAAUGAAAUAUGAUCAGCUAAUUGAUUGGUCUGUUAUUACUCUGUUCUGUCCAACAAAAUGAGCCUUUUUCCCCGU